UGAUUAUAUAAAGCGGUAACUGAAUGACGAGAUGGCUAUAGAUGACUCACACGGUGUAAUUAUAACAGAUUGAAUUAUUAACGAGGUCAGCUACCUGUUAUUAGGGAGUGUGUUGUAUAACUUAAUAUAAGAGUUUCUCGACCUUCCAACAACGGCUUAUACACCCCACAUUGACUUACAUCUUAGCCAGUGUAUCAGAAUGUCUCAGCAAUCCCCGUACUCGUCCCCGGUCGAAGAGCCGAGGCGAUCGUCGUUUGCUUCCGAGAAGACUUUAGUAGAGACUCCAUAUCGGGACAACUCCGAGAAGAACAACAAUGGCCGAAAGUCAUCGACCGGUACAUAUUCCAGUCAAUCUAGCGGUAGUUCAUCCUCAGGCAUAAUGGAUAAGGCUGUUCAGAAGAUCAAGUCGAAGCUGAAGGAUAGAGAUUCAACUCCCAAGCCUAAGCGUCGUCCAGUUCGCAGUUCGUACCCAGAUACGGCUUAUAUGUGGCGAGCACUAGCAGAAUCGAAGAUUUAGAUUUUCCUUUAUGCAUUUUCCCCUUUGAACAACGAGUGGUGUUACGCAUGUCGACUCGAACUCUCGACGAUACCCCAUAUAUAUAAGUUACCUACCAAGGUACUUACCUAACUACGCGAAGUUGGUGUCUUUCAAUGACACUUUGAGGGGUGGAAUGGGUCAUAUGGGGUUGGCUAAGGAUGGGGACACUUGGUAUUAGAAAAUGGCGGUUCAGAAUGAUUUCAAUAGGCGUUAGGUUUACUAUUGGGAAGAUAGGGAUUGAAAUAUGAGGAUACCCGAAUGAAUUAUAAUUUGAUACACAAGCACUUUGGUUAUUCUGUCUCUGAAGAGAUAUGGUCACGCUAUGGUUGGGUUCACAGGUCCAAGAUUGAAAUACAAACAAAUACUUCUUUAAUUGGUACCUUUCAUAUUAGAGUUAUUCAACAAGCCUAAAGCAAUGCUAUCUAAUUUAUAACGCAUUUGAAUCAAGCAUCAUAGCUAGUACGACUAUUAUAACAUAUGUACAGUUCA